UCAGGUCGCUGUGCCGACACCCAAACCCAAGAGCAACCCUGUCAAAGACGUCAACAGUCGGGAGGUUUAUAAAUUCCACAGCCUGAGUUUGCUGAACUAUGACAAGGAGAGAGCGGAGAGGAAGAUAAUGGGGUACAAGCGAGCGCAGAGGGAGGUCCCCAGGGACCUGCUGCAGAGCCACAGGGAGGUGAGCCAAAGGAUCCAGUGGCAGCAGAACCAGCUGGAGAGAGCCGAGCCCGGUCCACAGAGAGAAUAUGAAGCUGUGCUGGACAGGCUGGCUCAGGGACUCGGUGAUUCAGUGAAGCGCUUCUCCAGUGAAGGGAACAGGGAGGCAGCUAAAGACGCCCUGUACAGGCUGAGAAUGGUGGAGAGUGAGAUGCAGAAUCUGAGAAGGAAACAGCCUGCGUGAGGGAGGGAGAGGAGAGAGGGAUUGAGAGGGGAGGGGAGAGGAGAGGAGAGGAGAGGGGAGGGACACACACACACACACAUAUAGCGAUACAUAUGGAAGAUGCAAACGCACACCGAUAUUAAAAUGAACACUAAUUCCAAUUCCAGACGCUGGGCCUUCAUUUAUUUUACUAUCCCCUGCAGUGCGGAUCUGCAAGCAGCUGAGUGGAGCGAGACAGUGGGCUGCCUGGGUUUGAUCUCUUAGAGGCAGAGAGAGACAGUGGGCUGCCUGGGUUUGAUCUCUUAGAGGCAGGGAGAGACAGUGGGCUGCCUGGGUUUGAUCUCUUAGAGGCAGAGAGAGACAGUGGGCUGCCUGGGUUUGAUCUCUUAGAGGCAGGGAGAGACAGUGGGCUGCCUGGGUCUGAUCUCUUAGAGGCAGGGAGAGAAAGUGGGCUGCCUGGGUUUGAUCUCUUAUAAGAGGCAGGGAGAGACAGUGGGCUGCCUGGGUUUGAUCUCUUAUAAGAGGCAGAGAGAGACAGUGGGCUGCCUGGGUUUGAUCUCUUAGAAGCAGAGAGAGACAGUGGGGUUGUAAAAGUCUUAUGUGCUGGGAGUGCUGGUGGAUGAAUCGCUCCCGGUACACUGCCCCCUGCUGGACACUUAGCGAACUACGGAUCGUGGUCGAUAAUUGAAUCGUGUUUUAUUGUUUAAACUCAUCGAUUUUUAAAAAAAUGUUUAUAAUAAUAAUAAUAAUAAUAAUAAUGAGAUGCUGUUUUCUUGUACGUGCUUUGAAAUUCUUUGGUUUUCUUUUCUAUAACACUGUAAGCUUGUUUAUCUCUCUCUUGUGUUGCAGUGCUGUUAUUAAUUCAUGCUGUAGUCCCGUGCGCUGGACAAGAAAACAAUGUGGUGGAUACAAACAAAUAAAUUCAAAAUGGAAAAA